AUGCCUGCAGAGAGAACAAAGGGACUGAAGCGCUCAGCAUCAGCCGGCAAUACCUAUGUGUGGACAUCUCAGCCUGAGCCCACAAAUGGAUCGGAGGUUUCUUUCACUUCUGCCAUGACCUCGUGGUCGUUUUCGGACACACCCCCUCCACUUGUGGACGCACCAUCCGAGUUCGUCAUGUUCCCUCCUGAAGGUGAUGCCGCAGCCCCCCGUCGUCAGCCACAUUCAAAGAAGAAGCCCGAAAACCACAUCCCCCGCCCUCCCAACGCGUUCAUUCUUUUCCGUUCGUCAUUCAUUAAGAGCCAACACGUUUCGACAGCUGUCGAGACCAAUCACUCGACGCUAUCUAAGAUCAUCGGCUUGACAUGGCAAAGUCUGCCCGAGGACCAGCGCCAAAUUUGGCAUCAGAAGGCGAAAGAGGCGCUCGACGAACAUAAACGCAAAUUCCCGAAGUACGCCUUCCGACCCGUGCAGACGAAAGCGAAAGGCGGUCCCGUUGAGAAGCGCAAGGUGAGAGAGGUGGAACCUAAGGAUAUCAAGCGGUGUACGAAGAUCGCGCAGCUAUUAGUGGAGGGUAAGAAGGGGAGUGAGUUGAAUGCAGCGGUGGAAGAAUUUGAUAAGUACCAUGUUCCUGAAAUCGUCACCCGCUUCGAGGCGCCCAUCACAGCUCACGCAUUCCGACGAUCAUCAUCCGCACCCGUUCCCGACACCGACAAUUCACGACCACAGUCAUUCCUUCAACACGUCGCAUCCAGUCCCCGGAAACCCCGUUCUUCGAGUACUCGUCCAACUCGCUGUUCCACGCCAGACAACUCUACAACACCAAACCUAUCGCCAGCCAAUGGGAAUGUCGCUGCCGUGCCUGAGCCUCUGAUAGAAGGCCCUCUAAAAGAGGAGCCGGCCUUUAACUUUGGAACAUUUUCAUUCGACAAUAUUGUCUCUCCCCUUCCUACUUACGACUGCGAUCCAUUAUCUGCUUCGCUCAAUAAUGGUAGCUUCCAUGCGAGCCUCACCAUCGACACUUCUUUUAUGCAGCAGUGGGACGCCAGCCCAUCCCCCGGUACUCCGUCGACUCCGGACUACAUGUCGAAUUCCAGCCCGCUUCUAAGCUCUCCGCCCACACCUUCCUACUCCUCGACAUACGAUGCUUUCGAUCACCAGCUAUCUAACGCUUUCGACGACUUCUCUGUCAAUUACCCUACCUUCGACCAAUCCUGCGGUGUUCCCCAGCAGAAUAUCUGCGGUAGCGGGAUCGACUCUCUUUCAUUUUCCAGCCCUCAGGCGCAUGCGAAUUACGCCGCCUAUGGGGAUCACGCCCAUCAAGAAAUCAGCGCUCCCUUAGCCCAUCUAGACCUUGAUUUCUCAGCAUUCAUGACUUCAAUCCCACAGUAUGCCAUGUAG